AAUAUGUAUGAGUAUUUGAAGUCUAUUCGUUAAUUAGUUCAUUAAUUAAUUAUCAGUCCUGCCCGGAUCAGUGACUUUUCAAGAACUCCCUCAGAUUCCACAAAACUAAUAAUGAAUAACUUGCAGAUUUUUGGUAUACUGCUAGUAUUAAUUGGAGGAGUGCAACCACUUCCUACAUCGAACUUAGGUCCAAAUUUGGAAAGUAACAACAGUUUUCCGUACUCUAAUUAUACUGAUGAUUAUCAAAAAUGGCUAUCGGUGAUAAAAAUUAACCUUGAUUACAACAAUAGCAACAAUAACGAUGUUUCUAUUAACUUUUCAAAUGCCCGAAAACAGCCAGUAAAUAUUAGCGAAGAUUCAAUUACAACAGAAGGACUAACAUCAACUGAAAGACUAACAACUGGACCAACUACAACAACAAAUAAAUCAACUUGCCGAUCAAUCACUGGAUUAGGAGCAACAACCGAAAGACCCAAUUCCAGUGUGCCUAGUGUUAAUAAUAUAUCAAUAAUAGAAAUAAACAUAAAUUAUAGUAGAAGUAACAAUAAUAGUUUAGUUGUUAAUAUUUGAAAGGUUCAGUGUACUGAGAGUAAUUCAGUUGCUAUAAAUAAAUCGGUUGAAAUUAAUUAUACAUAUGAUUGUAUUCAAAAAAUAAAUAAUAAUAGAAUAUCAUCUUUGGCAAAUGGCAACUGACCAAGGACCUAUUGUGAAUGAUCAGAAUCAAAAAAAUAAUUGUGAGUAAAAUAUUAAAAACAAAUUAUUAUCAUCUUAUGUAUGUAUAAACAAAAAAUUACACUCGUUUUUCGUGAAAUUCAAAGCUCAUUAUUUAGCAAAGAUGCCUGCCUAAUAAUUAAUAAUGAUUGGUGAAUGUUUAAACAAACUUAAUGAAAGAAUCCAUUGUGUAGCUAUUUUUCAAUAAUUGUGUAAUUAAAUUUAUUUUUAAAAAAUUAGCACAAGUCUUAUCAGAGAUAGCGAAACAGAGUUAACAAUGUGUCAGUACUAAAGAAUUUUUAGUAGGUUUCGAAUGAAAAACAUCAUUCUUAAUUUGCAAAUCCAUAAAGAGAGAAAUUUUUUUAUAACAUUUUUCAAAUUUUUUGGAAAAA